AUGCCGACACACAUGUUACUCCGGUCUCUGUUCAUUGCGACUAUAUCAUCUAACAGAUUUCUUCUGAUACCGUCGCUACACCUUUUGUCCUUUUUGUCGAAACCUAAUCGGAGUUUCUUAUUCAAUGUGGAUCGAAAUCCGGUUUUGAAAGCUGUUUUGAAGAGGACGCUGUAUAAUCAGUUUUGUGCGGGAGAAACAGAGCAAGAGACGCAAGCUUGUGUCAAGCAGCUGAAGGCUCUGGGGUUCAAGGGUGUCAUCUUGACGUACGCGAAGGAAAUGGUGUUUGAUCAUAAAGCAGGCUCUGCGAAGGAUGAUAGUUUGGAAAAGAGUGUUGAUAGAAAGGCCGUGCUGCAUGAUGCGGAUAUUGAAGCGUGGAGAGCAGGGACGUUGCGGACGUUGGAUUUGAUUUCCAAAGGCGAUAUUCUGGCAUUGAAAACAACAGGCGGCGGGCCAGCCGUCUCCGCAGCGUUCAGUCAAGGCAACCUCCCACCCCCGCAAAUGCUCUCAGCCCUUGACGAGCUCGCCACAAAAUGCAAGCAACGCGGCAUCCAAAUCAUAAUCGACGCCGAGUCUCAGCACUGGCAGCAUGGCAUCGCCCGCACCACGUUGGAGUUGAUGCGGAAAUUCAACCGCGACGGCAAAGCAGUCAUAUACAACACUUACCAAGCCUAUCUCAAAGAAACACCCGCCGUAGUCCAGCAACACAUGGCCGAAGCCGAGAAAGACGGGUUUACCCUAGGUCUGAAGCUUGUGCGUGGAGCAUACAUUCUCUCUGAUAACCGGGCCUUGAUACAUGAUACAAAGGAGGAUACCGAUAAUGCGUACAACACCAUAGCGCAGGGCGCUCUCCGCCAGCGACUCGGUCCUUUUGGAGGGAAAAAUCGCCCCUUUCCGUCGGUGAAUCUACUCCUUGCAUCACACAACCGCGAAUCCGUAGUGGCGGCUAGCGCACUGCAUCGCCAGCGGGUGGAAGCUGGGCUGCCCACUGUGCCGGUUGCGUAUGGCCAGCUACACGGCAUGUCGGACGAAGUUAGUUUCUCGCUGCUUGCAGAAAAGGACAAGGGUGGGGUGUCGCCCGAGGUGUUUAAAUGCACUACCUGGGGUAGCAUGGGCGAGUGUGUAGGGUAUUUGCUUCGGCGGGCGGUGGAAAAUCGCGAUGCAGUGCUUCGGACAAAGGAUGAGUUUGCGGCGUUGAGAAAGGAGGCUAGGAGAAGGUUUCUAUGGGUGUAG